GCUGGAUAGUGAUGAGCGAUAGUCUAUAGGCAACAAGAUGCGAUUGCCACCACAGAUGGUUCUGAAGAGAAAUGAUGUUUGAAAGGACAGUCUUUUAAUAGUUCCUGUGUGGGGAUCAAAAUAGAAAAUUAUGAUAGCUACUGGGGGAGUCAUAACAGGACUGGCUGCCUUAAAAAGGCAAGAUUCUUCCAGGUCCCAACACCAUCUCAAUCGUGCAACAUCACCAGCUCCUGAGGAGCAGAAACCAGUCAAGCGUCGACCAAGGACAGAUGUGGUUGUAGUCCAAGGCAAAAUCCGGCUAUAUUCCCCAUCAGGAUUCUUCCUUGUCCUGGGAGUGCUGAUUUCUUUCCUGGGAAUUGCUAUGGCUAUUCUUGGUUACUGGCCCCCAAAAGACUCAUUCCUAGAGCCUGAAGACAGCUUGUCACUAAACGAGACUCGGUUAAUAGGAAAAGGAGAUGGGUUUAUUAUGCGCUUCCUUGAGCAGCAUUUACAUUCCGACAAAAUGAAGAUGCUGGGGCCUUUCACUAUGGGGAUUGGAAUAUUUAUUUUUAUUUGUGCAAAUGCCAUGCUCCAUGAAAACCGGGACAAGGAGACAAAAAUUAUACACAUGAGGGACAUCUAUUCCACUGUAAUUGACAUCCAUGCUUUGAGAAUCAGCGAGCAAAAGCAGCUGAACGGUGCCUACACCGGCUUAGCAGGAGAGAAUGAAAUCAAGCAUGGUGGAAGCUCUUGUGCAUCACGGCUGGCUGCAAAUACAAUUGCUCCUUUCUCAGGCUUUGCAAGCAACUUCCACAUGGUUAGCAAUGAUGAAGAGGAUGAAUUUGCUGGAAAUGAGACCAAGAAAUCAAUCCCAAAUCUUAUGUCACCUUUGCUGAUGGAACACUCUGGUUCAGUCUUUGGCCUUUACCCUCACUCUGGGAAAGCCAGGGAUGAAAGAAGCAGCAGCUCUCUGAAGUGUGAAACAAAAUCGAUUGUGUCAUCUUCCAUUAAUGCUUUCACAUUACCCGUAAUCAAACUGAAUAACUGUGUUAUUGAUGAGCCAAGUAUUGACAACAUCACUGAGGAUUCAUCAAGGAGUAGAGACAGACCUAGAAAUUUGUCCAUGGAUUCUUUAGCUCUGCCAUUAAUGAAUACCAGCGAUAGCUACAAAUCUGCCAGUGCUUUGUUACCACGCAACAAUUUAUAUGGAGACUCUUCCUUCAGUCAGUUCAAAUCUUCAAUGACUCUCGGAGCCAGCACCGGACAGCUCUUAUCACCUGGUGCAGCCAGAAAACAGUUUGGGUCCAACACCUCUUUGCAUCUCUUGUCUGCACAUUCAAAGUCCCUAGACUUGGACAGAGGUCCUUCUACUCUCACUGUCCAAGUUGAACAAAGAAAACAUCCAAGCUGGCCACGACUGGACCGGAGUAACAGCAAAGGUUAUAUGAAACUAGAAAACAAGGAAGAUCCUAUGGACAGACUUCUCGUACCACCAGCUACAGCAAAGAAGGACUUUACUAAUAAGGAAAAACUGUUGAUGAUUUCCAGAUCUCACAAUAAUUUGAGUUUUGAGCAUGAUGAAUUUUUGAGUAACAAUUUAAAGCGUGGCACUUCAGAAACAAGAUUUUGAUGGUCAGAUGACAAUGGUUAAUAUAUUUGACAGUAUUUAUUUUAUAAAAUAAACAUUUAAAACCCUCCCUUUCAUUCCUUUUCAGCACAAUCUUGUUUUUAUUGAAUAUUUCUCUCUGAUUAAGAUUGAUUUGUGUUUGCUAAUAUUACUUUAUUUCAUCACCACAAUGCCAAAUGUUUAAUGUUAAGUGGCUUGUUCAUGAAAAUAUGGCCCUGACAUAAUGUUAUUUGGUUAGUGAUUGCAUUAGGUGGUAAUUGUAUGGUGGAUUAAGAAAUGAUAAUGUCUUAAUUUACAGCUACUAUGCCACUUACCAUUGUUCAGCAUAUUUGAGUGCUUUCUAGUCAUUUCUUCUUUGUUUCUACAUAAGGAUGUUUUUUUUUUUCAUAGUUAAAGGUACAGUUGUAGCUGAAUAAAUAAGUUUCAGUGUUCAGAAUCAUCAGAGACUGCAAGUUUAAGAAUGAUGUUUUUGGCUCAUGAUGGAAAUGGAUGUAAAGAGUGCAGUACCAAAGUCAUAUUUGGUAUCAUUUGUAGAAUCAACAAAGGUAAUCUCAGACAAAUUUCUGGAUUUUUUGUUUUGCCCUCUCUUCUGUAUCUAAAUCUGCAUCUGUUACCAGAGAAAAUUGUCAUUUGCCUCAGUUGCUGCUGUUCAAAAAACAAAAGUCUACAUCUAGCCUGAACAUGGAGAAUUGCAUAAUGGAUUUGAAUUUAAGCCAAUAUGUUACAAGCAGAAGACCCAAAACUAUGGCCUGAAAUAAUGGAGAAUGCUAAACUAUCACCUACUUUCAUUUAUUAGUUUGCAUCAUAUAUAUAUAGGACAUAAAACUAGAUCUUUUGUUAUUCAUUACCCAGAAUUGGGUGGAAGGAGAUUGAAACAAUUUUAUCAUUCUCUUCCCAAAAUUAUUUCUGAUGCAGUUUAACACAAAGGUAUUCUUUAUUUGGCAGUUUAUCAAGGAGCAAUAUCUGUUGUUCUGGUAAAAAUGACCAACAGAGAGGUGUUCACACGUUUUUUUUAUCACUUCCUACUUAUCAUUACUUCCUGCUGCAUCUCUCUUUCCACCCCACCUAUGCACCAUUAGUCAGUUUACUGAAGACAUGCAGAUUUAGCUCAGAUCCACAAGUUGGUUGGAGAUUAUAGGAGUUCAUCAUCACGAGGGCCAUAUAUUGCUUAAACACCAGAGAAUGGAAUUUUACAUUUUAAAAGUGUUUACAGAGCUUGUCCUUUUGGAAUAUAGAAGCAAUGUUUAAAGUAAUAUAGGACUCACACUUAACCCUCAUACAUAUCCUUACAGUUAUUUGAGAGAGGUCCUUGAUGCCCUCUGACCUUGGUUGCCCUGAUGAUGUUAUCUAUUUAGGUAGUGAAACGUCUGCAAGAAAACAAUCAAGCUCAGCGAGUGCCCAUUUCAAACUUGAGCUACAGAUAUUCUCCUUUAUCGUUAUAAUUAUUUACCUAAAAAAUUUUUAGGCUUCAUGUGUUGAGAAGUGUAUACUCGGUCUAAAAUUGUCCAGUUCCUUGCUUUUCAUGAUUUCUAGUGGAAGAUUUCAUCAGUGUUCAGAUUUUUUAAAAAAUAAUUUCAAUUUUUACAAGUUGAAUACAAUUGCCUCACUCCAAAAUUAAGUUUGUUAUUGUAAUUUCAAAGUAGCUAAAAAAGAAUCUCAACUGAUUCCUGUGACUGAUUCAAUCUAUUACUUAUAUAAUGCAGGCACCCUACACGUGUUCCUAGAAACAACGCGAAGGCAGUGAAUUCAGAUGAAAUUUUUAAAUAACAGAAUCAGUGUCCUGCUGCCCAGUGUAAUUUUUCUGAACAUGAAAAAGAAAGUUGUCAUGCCUUCUACCAUUCAUUAUGAAGCUCCUGUAGACCAUGUUUCUUUAUUGUAACACAACUAAUUGCAGUGAUAAAUCAGAUUGUAAAAUGCCACAAAGACAGCAAUACUGAGUGACACUGAAAAUUAUUGUUAAAUUAAUAAGGUGAAUGUUCAUUAGAAAUACAUUCAUAUGCCUCUCUGAGAAGCCUUCCACAAUUUGGUCCUCCAGGUGUUUUUCCAGCCAGCAAAUUAAAGUCCAUGCUGUCUUUAGAAGCCCAAGAUUAUAUGACAUCAAGUUAAAGCUACCCUGAAGCCUAUUUUUGCUUAAUAGGCAGAAAUCCAUCCUUGUUUGUGGUUUUGCCUACAAGAUCACAGUAUUAAUUGGUUAAAAGAUGUUGGACGUAAUAUAAAUAACUCAGGAACUGAUCUAGCUUCUCCCAAAAUAGUUAUAUAUCAAAAUGUUGUACUUUAAUUGAUGAUGAAUGAUAUUUUUUUCUAUGAUUGUCCAGCUCUGUAUUCUAAUAAUAAACUCUCUGUGUGACAAAAGCAUUACUUGCCCAGUGAAUUGAGGCAUAGUGUUAACUUAUUAGAAUUUUAAGCCUAAAUAUUGUAACAGAGUUGACUCAAUAUUUUGCUAUGAAGCUUUUAAUAAC